AUGUACGGCAAACUGGAAGUCCUGAUCGAGGGGCACACUCACAAAUUGGAUACGCUUCAACCAGUUAAAUACAUGGCUGACACCACUGCUCUCAGAUGCUUCCAGCUGACUAUCCAGUCGCACAUCAACGCAUUGGAGACUCUUGGAAUAGCGAGAACAAGCCACGAGGAAGCUGCAGAGCGACUCAGUCGUCUGAGAGCUCAAACACCAAAGCCGGCCCAAAAUUCUCAACAACCGGCUAAAGCAGCACCAGCAACAACACUAACAGCUUCUCAGCUUGGAAUCAGCAGCAAGCCGACUCCUCAACCCAAAUCUCUGAAGCAGGCUGGUGUCGACUACGAAGGCCUCCACACAUAUCUACCUCAUUAUCCAGUCUACCGAACAGACAAAGCCACCACAAAAAUCAGACAAGUAUUUGACGGCGCCGCCAAAUCCAAAUAUAGACCGAACUUGAACGACGUUUUGGAGACCGGACCAAAUCUGAAUCCAAAUCUCCUCUGGGUUUUGAUGCGUUUCCGGAUGAACCGGAUCUCCUGGAUUGCGGACAUUGAAAAAGCAUUUCUCAAAAUCGUGCCGAAGCCAGAAGACGCCGAAGCAGUCAGAUUUUUAUGGCAAAGGGAGCCGGAAGAUCCCAGCUUCGAUCUCAUGGCAUAUAAAUGGAAAAGAGUCCCAUUAGGGCUAAGUUCCACUCCAUUUCUUUUAAGAGUCAGUGUUAACAAACAUUUGCUCUCAGUUAAAUCUACAUUUCCAGAAACUGUCGAGCAAAUAGAAAAGCAGCUAUACGUAGACGACUUCCUCGGAGGCGCAGACGAUAAGACAACAGCCGUAACAACGGUGGGAGAAACUGUCACGCUAUUCUCAGAAGCCCAACUCAACAUGAGGAGCUGGACAACGAACAACAAACAGCUCCGUGACUUUCUCACCGAAAAGGAAAUGUCAAACCAAUUUGUCGGAAUCCCUUCUCUCACGAUAGAUGGCCAACCAAAAGCACUGGGUCUUAGAUGGGAUACGAACUCCGACAAAACUAUCAAGAGGAAAGUUUUUAGUAUCUCCGCAAGAAUAUUCGACCCAAUUGGUUUCCUAGCACCCACAACUUUACUUUUAAAAAUAAUCUAUCAAAAACUUUGGGAAGGAGAAAUGGGUUGGGACUCCCGGCUUGAAAAAUACCUGGCGUAA